CUCCUCCCAAGCAACCGGGAAUGCCCGCCUCCUCCAGGCUCUGCCCUUCCGCCACGUGCUCCACCCAAACUCACCUUUCCCCACAUCGCCGCCGCCGCCGGAGCCGCCUCGUCUCCGCCAUGGCUCAGUCCAGGAGUACGUCUCCUGGUAGCAGCCGCACACGGUGGUCGCCACCGGCGCUCCGGUUCGAUCUAGGGGCGCUCCUCGGCCGCAAGCAGAGGCCCGGAGGCGAGAGGCUGGAUUUGGGGAACUGGGUGCGGCGCGCGCUUUCGCGGCCUCCAGCCGCGGAGAGGGAGGUGGAGGUUGAGGCUGAGGCUGAGGAGGAGGGGCGAUACGCUGGAAACCGUGAGGAGGUGGAGGUCGGCAGCGAGGAGGCUGAUCACCUCGUCGUCAUGGUUAACGGCCUCUCUGGGAGUUCGUCGGAUUGGAAGUUCGGGGCGGAGCAGUUCGUCAAGAGGCUGCCUGGGAAAGUCUAUGUGCACCGUAGUGAGUGCAAUCAUUCAACGUUAACGUUCGAUGGAGUUGAUUUAAUGGGCGAAAGACUGGCUGAAGAGGUACGGCAAGUUGUCCAGAGGAGAAGAAACUUACGGAAAAUCUCUUUUGUUGCCCAUUCACUUGGUGGAUUGAUUUCAAGAUAUGCAAUUGGGAAACUCUAUGAACAUUCAGUAACCGAAGAAUCAUGCCUAAAGACGGAUAAAUAUUCUGAUGAAGGGAAUGUGUAUGGAGGUGGUAAAUUAGCUGGCUUAGAACCAAUGAAUUUCAUAGCGUCAGCUACACCACACUUGGGCUCAAGGUGGAAUAAACAACUGCCCUUUCUUUUUGGUGUUCCGCUUCUGGAGCGAACUGCUGCAGAAACUGCACAUUUUAUUGUCGGGAGAACAGGUAAACACUUGUUUCUCUCGGACAGGGAUGACGAGAAGCCUCCACUUCUCGUGCGAAUGGUUGAAGAUUGCGAUGAUGGAAAAUUCAUGUCAGCUUUGCGCUCUUUUAAACGCCGUGUUGCAUAUGCAAAUAUAACAUAUGAUCAUAUAGUUGGUUGGAGAACAUCGUCGAUUCGACGUCAGCAUGAAUUACCCGAACUUCAGUUAACAGCAAACGAUGAAAAGUACCCACAUGUUAUUCAUGUCAGUACUGCUAACCCAGAGGGCCCUCAGCAGGAGGAGUCUGUAGAUGCUUCACUCGAAGAUAGUCUUGAAGAGACCAUGAUCCGUGGCCUUACACAAGUGACCUGGGAACGUGUGGAUGUGUGCUUUCAUGAGAGCCGGCUAAAAUACAAUGCACAUUACAAUAUACAGGUUAGGAUCCAUCCAACGAACUUGGAGGGAGAGGAUGUCAUCUACCAUAUGAUAGACAACUUUCUAGUUUAGCCUGGCCGGUCUCGCUGAUUCUUUCGAGCAAAUUUAGCUGGAAGAUUUUCUGGCUUUUAUACGGUGGUCUAACCCCAAUCUAGUUAGAUUAUUGAUCCUGGGAGGCCAACAUACAUAAAGUUAUGUGAGGCAUACUUGUGGUCAGGUGAUUGCUGAAUGUGAUCUGAUUUCAUUGUAAACUUAGUUCAUACAGUUAAUACUGUAAAUAUGAGCCAAGUAAUGUAAAUAUUUGUAGCAUUUGGAAAUUUAUAUCUCCUGGAAAUCUGGUUGUAUGGUGGAAUUUGUAA